AUCCAUACCUACACCUAUCUCUAUCAUACAUACAAACCAACAAUUUAAUCAUCAUCACCACUUCAAACUUACGUCCCAGGGUCAUUCCUGACCCUAACCCCCCUCCUCCUCCUCCUCCAUUUCCCCGACAACCAUCUUUCCCUCUCUCUUCUCCAUCUGUCUCUUCCCCUCCGUCUCUUCUCACCACAUCCAAUCAACCAUCUCCACGAUUGAAAGAAAGACUUCCAACUUUAUCAAUCUCAACGAGAAGGAUCAGAGGUAACAUCAUGUCUCUAUUCCUUCCUCUACGUCGUUAUUGGCCUAUAGCCUUAGGUCUCAUCACGAUUUAUUUGAUAUUAUUCAGAUCUUCAUUACCUUUUUACCCUCAACCAGAUAUCACACAAUAUACUUCUGAUAUCGGUUUUUUACCCACAAAAGUUUUAGCUCAUGUACCUGGUUAUACUAUUUUGGAGAAUGCUUAUUAUCGUGGAGGUAAGAUUAGGAUAUAUACUGAAGAACCUUGGGCUUUCCCAGCAAUCGACGAUAUAGCAAGACACGAAGAUGAUGAUCGUGUGACGGAACAUUCAGACGUUGAGAUCAUCCAGAUUCUAGGUGAUGCUUGGAGUUAUGACAAUGAUCCUGUUUGGUUAAGAUUCCCUCAUAUGUUACAUCAUGAGAUGGUCACUCUGGGUCAGACUGCAGAGGAGGUUCCGGGAGUUACCUUUGGAACGAUGGAUCGACAAUUCUUAAAUCACUACUACCACUUCAUAGGAGAACAUCUUUUCCCCCUUUGGAAAGUCUGGGCCAAAGCAUACGAACGAUAUCAUCUACCUGAACCCAUGGUCAGCCAUAUGAGCUUUUUCAACGCUGAUUCUGGACCUAGUGAUGUCAGAGGGGUGGAUACGUCACACAGAUGGGCUGAUAGAGCUGGAGUGAAUACUUAUACUUUGAACAAGGCUUUCCCCGGUAUCAAAAUCACCACUAAAGACGAAUGGGAUCCCAUAGCUUCUUCCAACCGUCUGAUACGAUUCCCAUACCUCCUCCUCACCUCUCGAAGAGCAGGACACGGUGGUCCUAACUCUGCUUUCAAACCUUACGGCGACGUCCUUCGUCUACCCAUAGGUACCCAAGAUUGGUGGGCGGAUAUGCGAGAACGUCUCUUAGCAGGACAUUCAGCGGAAUAUGGUCCAGCGAGGGAAUCAAGACCUGUCAUCACUUAUCUUUCAAGACAGAGCACAGGGAGGAGAUUGGCAAAUGCAAGUCAUGAUGCUUUAGUAGAAGAAUUGGAAACUUUGUCUAAAAGUGGAAGGGCGGAAGUUAGGUAUGAAGUAUUUGAAGAUACUUCAAUUCCUGAACAAUGGGCUAGAAUAGCGAGGACGACGAUAUUACUUGGUGUUCAUGGGAAUGGAUUGACUCAUAUAAUCUUUUUACCUAUCAAUCCUGGUAGUGCGGUGUAUGAGCUUCAACCGGAGAAUUGUCAGAUUAACGACUACGCUCCCUUAGCUCUGGCUAGAGGUAUACCCCAUUGGAUUGUGCAGAAUGAUCGCAUGUGCGGUCCUACGGAAUGCGGUAUCAGAGGAUGUCACGAAGGAGCACGGAUCAACUCUGAAGAUAUCAAAGUGGAUAGUAGGGCUUUGGUCAAUCAUAUCCGUGGUAGAUUGGGGAUCCCUCCCAGGGGUCAUUAG